AUGUCGAGUAACAGCAGUACAAGUAGUAUACGGCAAUUUGGAUUAUACAGGACGAUAGAUGCAAGGACUGAGGAGUUUUUGAGGCUUUCGAGGAAGCGGCAACUCCGGCAAGGAUGCAUUUGUGCUGCUAUUUCGACGGCAAUUACAGUUAUUGUUGUGAUUAUUAUUAUCCUUAUCUAUGAGUACAGUAACGUGACCAAUGCACAUAAUAUCAAACCAAACUGGUUGGGGCUAAUGAAUCAAAGCGACCCAUUACAAUUGGACCCAUCGCAUAAAACGAAAUUCAAAUUAGAUCGCACGACAAUACAAAUCCUACCAUUGCUGUUAAAAGCGUUUACAAAAAAUAAAUAUUAUGACCCGGACAUCGAAGAUAGUUCCAGCCCGAGUCCUAAUCUGAAAGACGAAGACACAACAGAAAAAAUGCACAAGAAUAUAUUUGCUGAUACCAGUAACUGGAUGAAAAUGCCAACCUCUAGAGUUUAUGCUAUAGAAUUCAAGACAUCACCCAUUGUUUACUUUAAAAAUCCUACUAGAAACCUUGAUUAUUUUAGAAAAAUUAGAAAAAUAAGAGAUUAUGAAAGAGUAAUGAAUUACGUUGAUAAAAUGAUAAAUGAUAAAGUUACAUUGGGUUCAACGCAACCUAUGGUAAGGACAGAUUAUAACAUAUACGACAAAUCUAAAUUUUCAGAGACGGCAACAAUUCCAAUGAUAAAAUGGCAAACCACAAAACCAAAAUCAAUGAAAAUAAAUAACGAAUAUUUUAUCGAACCAGAAAAACAAAUUAAUUGCAGUUGUUCCUCCAAUAUAAGUUUAUUAAUACGUAAACUUAUAAUGAGCUUGCAAAAAAUUAUGCCAGAUUUAGUUAAUACUAAGGUAGAAAGUGUAAAGAUUAAUUGUACUACCCAUACGGUGAAUACUGACUUAGAGUCUAACAAUCAUAAAGUUAACACUACAAAAGAUAGACAUUUAUUAAAAACCAACAGACAAAAUGAAACUAAGACUCAAGUUCCUAACGCGUAUUUGAAAUCAGAUUUAGAAAAACUAAAAAAAUCCAGUAGAAAUUCUAGUAAGAAUGACAUGGCUAUAAGUAAUAUGUUAAGAUUACUAAAACCAAACGUAACAUAUAAUAAAAACAAAAACAUCAAUCAUAACUUACAUAAUUAUAGACUAUUUGAAAAAAAACAUAGCACCCAAGUGGAGAAUCGGAUAAAGCCAGAAAAAUUACCAAAAUCUGAUGAUAAUAUAAACUUGCACAAAAGUACCUUUGAAAGAAAUCAGUCAUAUAACAGCAUCGAUCACUCCUCUAAUAAACACAAUAUAUUUGAGAACAUCAGUGAGUCUACUGCUUCAUCUGUAAUUGAUGAUUAUUAUGAAGACUAUACACAAACUGAUCCUAAUGAUAUAUCAAAUAUAUUUGACAUUUUAGAUACUCAUACCUUAGAACUCGUAAAAAACAACAUUAUUUCCACUAAAUCGCAUAGUUAUGUUAAAAAAACAACUCCAAAUGAUCAAAAAACAUUUACUACUAAGCCUCGACAAUAUGAUUUUGAAGAUUAUAAAAGAAACGUAUCGGAUGAAAGGUAUGUGAUAGCAAUGAACUCUUUUGAAGGAAAUCGUCAUAUGUUACAAAAUGACACAUUAGUUGUAUUAAACUUUAACAAAACGACUACAGUUAAAAACACUGAAUUUUAUUCAAUUGAAGAACCAAUAACACAUAUUGAAACAAAAUACAUACCAACAAUUAAGCCAGAAAAUAAUAGAAAUGAAUUACAUGAAGAUACUAAUCGAGAUGAAGCUCUUGAACGAGAAAAUGAUAAACUUGAAGAAGAAAUGGAAAAAUCAACUAACGAAGAAUCUACUGAGGAAGAUUUUAAACAAAUGGAAAACAUAAUUGAUAAUUUUAAAAACGAUAAUAGCCGCUCCUCUAAAAGACAAAAAACCGAACCAAGAAAUAGUUCUGAGUUAUAUUACUGGGAAUUCAUAAAAAUUCAAGAGCAUGCUAAAAACAUAAGCAAGGCUAUUUUAUCUAAAACUCCUCCUACUUAUUUAGAAAUGCAAAGAAACAAUUGGAAGCAAGAAGAGACUAAUAAUAUCAUAGAAUAUGAUGCUAACAUUAAUAACUAUAUUUUUGAGUAA